CGACGGUGUAAACGUGCGCGGGGAAUCCAAUUUGACAUCCUGUUUUUACAAUUUACCUCACGAUGCAGCGUGACAUAAAUAGCUUUCCUAUACCUCCUUCCUUCAGACUGAAGCUGAACAAUGCGGGAUUUAGUUCUGCUGCUGAUGUCUUGGAGCUGAAACCAUCAGAACUGAGCAAGGAGAUAAAUAUUUCUAGAGAGGAUGCUCUGGAACUGAUCAAGACAUUUAAGUCGGGAGCAAUUAAUCCUGUGCUACAUGAGAAAUCAGAGAAAGAUUUUGAAGACGAGGAGCUAUUAAAAGGAACAUCAUCAGGCUCUGAAAGUUCAGGACGAAAAUCCAACAAACUUCCUGUUACUGGCUCAAUAUCAGGUGUAGGGGAUAGAAUGAGAACAGCUACAGCCUUUCAGAUGCUUCAGAAAGAGCAGUCCCUACCACCCAUCAUCACAUUCUGUGAAGAACUUGAUGAGAUGCUUGGAGGUGGUGUACCAAUGAGCAAGAUCACAGAGAUCUGUGGUGCUCCGGGUGUUGGAAAAACGCAGACAUGCAUCCAGCUGUGUGUGGAUGUCCAGAUACCAGGAUGUCUUGGAGGAGUGGAAGGUGAAGCAGUGUACAUUGAUACAGAGGGUAGCUUCAUACCUCAGAGAGCAUGGGACAUAGCUCAGGCUGCAUCAGAACACUGUUACACAAUGGCCGGUACAGGCGAUCAAACAGGCAUGCAAGGCUUCAACACUGAGAAGAUAUUAUCUGGUAUCCAUUACUUCCGUUGUCAUAAUCAUGUGGAGCUCAUUGCACUUGUCAACCUCUUGCCAGAAUUCUUAUCCAAAAAUCCAAAGGUGAAAUUGAUAGUCGUGGACAGUAUCGCCUUCCAUUUCAGACAUGAUUUUGAUGACAUGUCUCUUCGUACCAGGCUCCUUAAUGGACUAGCACAGAAUCUCAUCAGGAUUGCUACUCAGUAUAAUUUGGCAGUUGUACUGACCAACCAGAUGACCACUAAGAUAGGAGAAGGGACAUCUCACCUAGUUCCUGCUCUAGGAGAGAGCUGGGGUCAUGCUUGUACCAUCAGACUCAUCCUCUACUGGAAACAAGCACAAAGAUUUGCCAACCUGUACAAGUCUCCUUCCAAGCAAGAAGCAACGGUACCCUUUCAAAUCACGCAAGCAGGAGUGCGUAGUGUGCCAAGGAAUCAGACAGAUUCAGAACCACAACCUGCUAUCAAAGAUGGGACAAGUUAUAGACAUCAGGAAGAAUUAACAAAUCACCAUGGCAACCAAGAUAACAAUAUGGACAAUCCUAGGAAGAGGCUUCGUUCAGAGGAUCCAGUGACUUGAAGGAAUGGCAGAGCUUGUUCCUUUGGUUUCAUGCUGUUAGGUAUUUGAGAUAUCACUUUGGAUUACAGAGGUCUAUAGAAGUAAAUUUUAGCACGAGAACAGAUAGCACUUAUUCCAAAAAAAAUUUUAUCCUGGGGUAUUCAUAUUUUGUGCCAUUUUGCCAAUGAAAUUGUGAUUUUCAGUAGUUUAUAUGUAUGUACAUCUCAACUAUUGAAUGCCCACAAUGUAAAUUAUAAUCUGAAAAGCAUUUUUCUCAACCAAUCAAAGCUACCAUUUUGCUUACAGAAGGAUAGUGCAUGCUUUCUUGAUGAUGACUACCUAUCACAUGGCUGGCUUUCCAUAGUUAGAAUUGAUUUGAAUAUGUCACAACUUGCAUUAUACAAACGUAGCAUUUCAUGAAAAGAAUAGUGAUUUUCAUUAUUUUCUUUAAGCUACUGUUAUCCUUGAAUGUGAUUCGCUUAGAGGAAAAUUGUCAGUGGAAAGCAUUUAUUUCAUGAAAUGGUCCCAAGUUAUUCAUGUUUUCUCAUCUGCAGUCAAAUAGAAAAUAGCACAAUGUUGUCUAUUUUUCUAAGGUCUUUUGAUGUUCCAGGAUAGAGUUUGCACUUUUAAGAGUACAUUCCUAUGGAACUUUCUCUAUGUUUUGAAUUAUUGAUUGACCGUGUUGCAUUUUAUAACAGUUUUGUGGUGACAAUGGCUUUGUGUGAUUCCUAACCAAUGACCAAUGAUUUUAUAGUUACAAUUUUUUUCUGUAUUUUAUUCUCAUGGCAAUUAGCAAAUACUCUCUGAUACAAAUAGUGAAAGCAUCUUUUUCAGAAUAUCAAUGCAAAGAAAAUAAACGAUGGUGAGACUAAUGAGAAGAACAUGCAUUACCAAAUGUAAAUUUGAAAUAGAUCUUUAAUCAGAAUAUAGUUUAACACAUAUAAUACAUUUUGUUAUAAAAACAAAAUAAAUUAAUUCAAUUGGAAUAAGAAUAAGUAACUCGAUAUAUUUCUCUUUCAGUUGCUAGAAAUAUGUAACAUGUGCAUUAUAAUACAAAAGGUAGAACGAUGAUGAGAGAGUGAGGAAGGUGAUAGAAAAGAUAGGGAAGGGGAUGAAGGUAGAAG